AUGAAUUUCUGGUUUCCCGCUGUGGUAAUUUUGGCCGGGAUUGUGGCCUACCUUUGUGUGACCCCAGGCCCGAGGAUUUUUGAGCAGGAGAUGGUACUUAAUCAACAAGCUAUGCGAUGUUUCCGAUUUGUCACGGAUUUCAAUCGGUAUCCCUCAUGGUUGGACUCUGUUAAAUCUGUGACUUCGGAUGUUGAUCCCUCGAGUGCAAUGGUUGGAACGGAAUUCGAACUCCUUUUCUCGAAAAAUUAUGUCGAAAACAACAAAAUGAAGGCUGAAGUCCUCGAGAUUGUUGAAGGUAUGCGAUUUUCGAUUGGAUUGAAUGAUCUCAUGCAGUCGGUGAUGAAUUUCACCGUUAAGAGCUUGCCCAAGGGGUCCUGCAAGAUUACUGUCACAAUGUCCUCUAGGAAAAACAAUUUCCUCUCAAAUUCUUUCCACACAAUGAAGGCCUUAAUCAGGAGAGAAUUCCAGACCUCAAGGUACAACGAAAUUAAAGCUCGAACAAAGGAGAAACAGUGGACAGUGGCAAUCUCCGACAUACCCGACUGGCCAAGAAUUGAAGCCGUUGAAUUUCAUAAUCCCGGCUGUUCGAAUGUCCUUCUACAACUGGAUGCUAAAAUCUCUGCUCAAGAUGAAAGUGAUUAUACACUGAAGUUCUGUCGAACCAAGUAA